GGCUAUGAAUUAGUUACAAAUGUGGAUCGUUCCUUCGAGUAGGCGGCGGGAUUAUAUUUGUAGAAAAUUUCAAUGAAAAAAUAACAAAAUUCUGGUUUCAUUUUAUGUAUGAAUAGUUUUGAAGGUACCUCUGUGUAGCAGACGAGUGCACUCAAAAUCCCAGUAGUUCCUUAGGGGAGACAGCGCAGGACAGCAGCGGAUCCGAUGGCCAACGUGGUUGUGAACACAACGUCGCCGAUGGCCGGGCGGCGCCUCCACAGGGACGUGAACCGGCUGCUGGCCUCCGGCUACCACACCAUCGUGGACGAAGACAUGGCCAAUCUGGACGUGCGUUUCGAGGGGCCGCUGGGCACCGCCUACGAAGGAGGCGUAUGGACUGUAAGCGUGGCCAUGCCGCAGGAAUAUCCCUUGAAGGCGCCGCGCGUCCGUUUCGUCACCAAGAUCCUGCACCCGAACAUUGAAUUCACCACGGGACUGGUUUGCAUGAACGUCUUCAAGCAGGCAUGGUCCUCCAACUACGACCUGGUGAACAUCUUUGAUACCUUCCUGCCCCAGCUGCUGCGCCAUCCGAACCCCCAUGAUCCUCUAAACCAUCGCGCCGCCUCCAUCAUGAUGCACUCGGAGCAACUAUUCCAUGAGCAUGUCGUCCUCUGCGUAAGGAUGUACGCCCUGCCCCCCGCCGUCAAGCCCCAAUCCCAGACGGACGAAAGCCUGGAGAAGCGUUCCUCAGACCUAAGUCUCUCCGAUCUUCUCUCCGACGACGAAGAGGACGACGUCGCAGAUGCAUAUGCCGUUGCAUCUGCCACAGAUGGCACAGACGCUUCCAAUGCUGCAGGAGCUUGUGCUGGUGCAGAGCCUGUUGGUGACGAUUAAGUUUUUGGCUGGUCUUUUUUUGUGUCUUUGUAGAAAAAUCGGUUUGUAUAUGGACAAAUUAAACUAAAUUGGAUAUAUGAGUAACGGUUAAAAUUAAAA